UGUCAAGGCCAGGAACGGAGUGAUCUGCUCUUCUUGCCCUGGGCAACGAAUAUUCAAUAUCAGAGCUCUGCCUAUGGAUUUUAUUCCUCUUAUGGCGGCGAGAGCCAGCAUGACAGGAACCAAGUCAACAAAUACGUGGUCCGAGUUUUUACUGGUGAAGUUAGCGGCAGUGGAACAGAUGCGGAUGUCUUCAUUAAUAUCUUCGGUGAGAAAGGAGACACAGGUGUGCGGAAGCUGGACAAUGACAAAGACAACUUUGAAAAGGGAGCAGAGGACAAGUUCACUCUCGAUGCUCCAAAUUUGGGAAGGUUAAGGAAAAUUAACAUAGGGCAUAAUAACAAGGGUGGUUCUGCUGGCUGGUUCCUUGCAAAGGUGAUCAUCGAAGAUAUUGGCAAUAAAUGUGUGUACCAGUUCCCAGUUGGACGCUGGUUUGCUUUAGAUGAAGAUGAUGGAAAAAUCCAGAGGGACAUUCUUGUUGGGGGCACUGAGGCUACAGGUAUUGUGUACAACGUGGCUGUAGUGACAGGAGACAUCAGGGGAGCUGGCACAAACUCCAAGAUCCACGUAAACCUCCAUGGCUCCAAAGGCUUGAAGAACAGCGGGAAGAUUUUCCUGGAAGGAGGUGAAUUUGAACGUGCCAGGACAGAUCUCUUUAACGUGGAGAUAGCUGCUCUCCUCAGCCCUCUCAGCAGAGUCACCAUUGGUCACGAUAAUUGUGGUGUCAGUUCUGGAUGGUUUUGUGAGAAGGUGGUGGUUUACUGUCCAUUCACUGGUAUUGAGCAAACCUUCCCAUGCGGGAAGUGGCUGGAUGAAGAUGAAGGAGAUGGUCUCAUAGAGCGAGAGCUCUACGAAAUGGUCUCCCUGCGCCAGAGAAGACUGAAAAAAAACCCAUGGUCUCUGUGGAUCUGGACAAGUGACAUUAAGAAUGCAGGGACAGAUGCCACCAUCUUCUUCCAGAUCUAUGGAGACAAGGGGAAGUCAGAUGAGAUGAAGCUGGACAACAAUUCAGACAACUUUGAAACUGGGCAGAUUGACAAGUUCAUGAUUGAGCUCCCUGACCUGGGCACAUUUUACAAACUUCGAAUAUGGCACGAGAAAAGAAAUCCCUUUGCUGGCUGGCAUCUGAAUAAGGUAACUCUGCUGAAAACGCUGACAAAAGAAAAAUACUCAUUCAGCUGUGGCCGCUGGCUAGAUAUAAAUGAAGACGACAAUGAGAUCGUGCGGGAGCUCCCUGCGGAGGGAUCUCUAGUGACUGAAGUCAUGCCAGUGAUUAAAUACCGGGUGACUGUUUGCACUGGGACGGUAAGUGGGAGUGGCACAGAUGCCAAUGUCUUCAUCUGCCUCAUCGGUGACCAGGGAGACACGGGAGAGCGCGUUCUCUACAACUGCAUCAACACUGUCAAUAAAUUUGAAAAAGGCAAUGCUGAUGAAUUCUUCGUUGAAGCAGUAACGCUGAAGCAGGUGAGGAGGGUGAGGAUAGGGCAUGAUGGCAAAGGAGGAAGCAGUGGCUGGUACCUUGCUAAAGUGAUAGUGAGGGAAGAAGGACAGCCAGAGAGUGAGGCUGUGGAAUUCCCCUGCUACAGAUGGCUUGACAAAAAUGAGGAUGAUGGUCAGAUUGUCCGGGAACUGGUGCCUGCUGGGGAGUCACCAAUGCUAAAAAAUGUCAGUUAUCAUAUCAGCGUGAAGACAGGAGAUAUCCCUGGUGCCAGCUCAGACUCCAAAGUUUUCAUCAAACUCUACGGUGAAAAAGCAGACUCCAGCAAAGAGGCUCUCUUAGUCUCUGAUAAUGAUCUAGGCAAUUAUUUUGAACGUGGUCGAGUGGAUGAGUUUACUCUAGAUAUGAUGGAUAUUGGGAAGAUCAACCGAAUACUGAUUGGACACGAUAACGUGGGUCUCCGAUCUGGCUGGUUCCUGGCCAGUGUCCAGAUCACGGUUCCAGUCCAGGGAAGGCAGUACAUGUUCCCCUGCAACCGAUGGCUUGACAAAGAUGAAGCUGAUGGCAGGGUGGAGGUGGAGGUCUACCCAAGUGAGAUUGUGCCUAUUGAGAAAUUGAUAAACUAUGAGGUGUCUGUUGUUACUGGAGAUGUGCGGGCUGCAGGCACCAAUGCCAAAGUCUUCAUGCAGAUUUACGGCGAGACUGGCAAAACGGAACUCAUUACCUUGGAAAACAGAUCGAACAACUUUGAACGUGGAGCCACAGAUAUCUUCAAGAGAGAGGCUGCAGAUGUUGGCAAGAUUUAUAAGAUUCGAAUAGGCCAUGAUGGGAAAGGCAUUGGGGAUGGCUGGUUCCUGGAGAGUGUCACACUGAAGCGGCUCUCCACGAAGAUGAAGGAGUCUGAUAAAAAGAAGAAAAAGAAGUCUGAAGAGGAGGAAGAAGAGGAGACCAAGGUGGAAGAAGUAAUGGAUGUCUAUACAUUUGUGGCACACCGCUGGCUGGCUAAAGAUGAAGGAGAUAAGGAGCUUGUGGUGGAGCUGAUUCCUGAUGAAGAAUCUGCCCUGGAGGAGAAUACGUACGAAGUCCACGUUCUCACUGGGAAUGUGUGGGGGGCUGGGACAGAUGCUAAUGUCUUCCUGAGCAUCUAUGGCGUAGGAAGAGGAGACACGGGUGAGCGCCAGCUGAAAAGGUCGAAUAAUCUCAACAAGUUUGAAAAGGGCCAGGUCGAUGUGUUCACCAUCAAAGCCAUUGACCUGGGUGAGCUGAAGAAGCUGCGGAUCCGCCACGAUAACUCUGGUGCUAGCCCAAGCUGGUUCCUGGAGAGGGUAGAGAUUGUUGACCUCAAGGAGAGCACCACGUAUUAUUUUCCAUGCCAGCGGUGGUUAGCAGUUGAGGAAGAUGACGGUCAGAUUGUCAGGGAGCUGGUCCCAGUGGAUGAAGCAUUUGUAAAGAAAGAUUCGGGAAAUGAUGGCCAGUCUCUUGCAACGCUGGGCCUGGAACAGAAAGCUAAAUCAACAACAUACACUGUGAAAGUGAAAACUGGGGACAAGAAGAACGCUGGGACAGAUGCCAAUGUCUUCAUCACUCUCUAUGGAAGUAAAGACGAUACAGGGAUAGUCAGUCUAAAGGCCUCAAAGAUUAACAAGAACAAAUUUGAGCGUGGGAAGGUAGAUGAGUUUACAGUGGAGUCCGUGGACAUUGGAGACCUGAAAAAAAUCAAGAUAGGCCAUGACAAUAAAGGUAAUUCAACUGGCUGGUUUCUGGAAUGGGUGGAGAUUGAUGCCCCAUCACUGGGACAGUGCCUCAAGUUCCCAUGUGGCCGUUGGCUGGAUAAAUCAGAGGAUGAUGGAGCCAUUGAGAGAAUUAUCUUCCCUGCAGAAUUGCAGACAAGAGAAUAUAUACCAUUUGUUCCUUAUGAGAUCACAGUCUACACCAGCGAUAUCUUUGGAGCUGGCACAGACGCAGAUGUCUUCAUUGUUCUCUAUGGAAGUGAUGGGAUCUGCACUCAGCAGAAAUCCCUGUGCCUCAACAAGAGAGAGCAAAGGAUGUAUUUUGAAAGGAACUCAGUGAAUCAGUUCAUUGUUGAGCUGGAGGACAUUGGUGAUAUUAUUGAAAAGAUCCGCAUAGGACACAGGGGUGGAGGACUGAACUCGGGAUGGCAUUUGGAUCGUGUGGCUGUUCGGAGGCUGUUGCCAAAUGGGAAGGGCUCAGAAACUGUCACAUUUCCAUGUGAAAGAUGGCUUGCAAAAUCUGAAGACGACGGUGAGAUUAUUAGAGAACUGGUACCAUCUGAUAUUUUCACUGAAAAACUCAUGAAGGACGGGACACUCAAGCAGACAGAGGAAGAAGUUGAAGACCCCUUAGAAGUUCACACAUACAAGAUCAGUGUUUUCACUGGAGAUAUCUAUGGUGCUGGGACAGACGCUAAUGUUUUCCUAAAUAUCUAUGGAGAUCUGGGAGACACAGGAGAGAGAAAACUCAGCAAAUCUGAAACGAACUUCAACAAGUUUGAAAGAGGGCAGGAGGAUACGUUUACUCUCCAGGCUGUGGACCUUGGCAUUUUGUACAAGAUCAAGAUUCGUCAUGACAACAGCAUGUUCAGUCCUGACUGGUUCCUGGAGAAAGUGGAGAUCCUGGAUGAGACCACGGAGGAGUCAUUUGUUUUCCUGUGUGAGCGCUGGCUCUCUAAAAAGAAAGAGGACAAGAAGAUAGAGCGUACACUUUAUGAACAGAGCUAUGAUGGUGAGCGCAACAGCCUGGAUGACUCAUCUCUCAGCCUGUCGAGCCAGGAUAGCAACACAAACCUGAAGGAGAUGAAGAAAUCCAGGUUGGUCAAGGCAGCAGAAGAAGGAUCACUGAUCCCAUACCACAUCACCGUCACCACAGGCACGGAAUACGACUCCAGCACUGACAGCCGAGUGUACAUCAUCAUCAUGGGUCCUCAGAAAGUGCAAACGGAGAGGCUGUGGCUGGAUCUCCCAGAAGGAAAAGACGAGUUUGCAGAUGGCUCUGUAGAGAAAUUCUCUGUUUGGGGCCUAGAUGUUGGGGAGAUCAAAAAAGUGGAGGUGGGGCAUGAUGGUGCUACCCCAGAGAGCUGCUGGCUAGUGGAAGAGCUCACCAUUGUCGUGCCCACAAAAGGCGUCAUGUAUAACUUUGCCUGUAAAUGCUGGCUGGCCAGAGACAAAGGUGAUGGUCUCACCUCACGACAGCUCAACAUCCUGGAUGCAGACUGUGUUAACAUCGGCCUGAAG